AUGUUUAUUGUAGGUGCUAUUAGAAUGAAUUCUGACAAAAGGAUUGUACAGGAUUUUUUUGGCCUUGAUAAACAAGAUUUCAUUUGUUGGGAGUAUGGUCAAAAUGCAGUUUCGGUACCUAGUUACAUGGUAAUUAGAGAUCCAGAAACAAACUCUAUUAUUAAUGUUGCUGAUGUAAUUACCGACGCUCUAGCACGUUAUGAACCAUGGAAUGGUGGUCUUGUUCAUCGUGGAGUAUUGCGUAGUGCACAAUAUCUUGUAGAUCGUUCCUUAAAUGAUAUUAAAGCAGCCGUAGCAAAAUUUAAUGUAGAUUCCAUAGAAGUAAUAGGUCAUUCACUAGGUGCAUCUAUAUCAUCUAUUGUAACACUUCUUUUACGAGAAAAAUGUAAAGAUUUAAUUUUAAGUGGAAUUGAUAUUCGUGCAUGGAAUUUCGCAACUGCACCAUGCUGUUCUUAUGAUUUGGCAUGUAAAUCUGAGACUUUGAAUUAUAUUUAUAAUUUUGUGAACGAAAAUGACGUUAUUCCGAGGUUGAGUUAUGGUAAUUUAAUGGAUUUUAAAGAGUUGGUUAAGUUUGCUGCUAAUGAAUUGAAAAAUGAUGAAUAUAAAAAGUUAAAAACAUCUGAAAGAUUAUCUAAAAUGUUCUUAACAAUCGACGCUUAUCGUAAAACUUUAAAAUCCAAUCCAACUUCUAGUCAAAAGUUAUAUAUUCCCGGAACAAUAUAUUAUUUAUAUAAAGGGCUUUCUCGUUCUUCUACGAAAUCAUCAUUAGUAUAUUAUACUAAAGAUAUAGUGUGUGAAAAAUCCACUCCAGAUUUAUUUACAGACAUUAGUUUACGACGGAACUGGCUAUUUCAUCAUUUUCCAGAUAGAUAUGAUAAAAAAUUUAAAGGCGUUAUAAAAUUUUUGUUAAAAAGAAUUAAUGAAGAAGAAAUUGAUAAGGUAGAACAUUUUUGGAGGAAAUGGAGAAAAAUGGAUGAAAUCGAGUGUGUAUCAGAAGAAGGUGGAGGUCGGAUGGAAAAAUGGAUGUCUAGAAUUGGACAUUGUUAA